AUGAGGCUUUCAUCAGGCUGCGUGGCAUUUGUUGUUCUGCUUCUGAUUCAAGAGGCUGUAAGAGCUUGCACAGUGAGAAAAUUGGGCAGCAGCUCAGGAAGAUUCUCCAACGCCACCUUGGUGCGCCUCGCCGAGUUUUUAAGUGCUGGUUAUAAGAAGGGUGUGAGGCCCGUGAAGGACUGGAGGAAAUCCACCACAGUGGCUAUCGACCUCAUGGUUUACUCAAUCCUCAAUGUGGAUGAGAAGAACCAGGUUUUGACAACUUACGUGUGGUACAGACAGGCGUGGACAGAUGAAUUCCUGGUCUGGGAUCCGGAGGACUUUGAUAAAGUCAAACAAGUUUCUAUUCCCACAGCAAAUGUGUGGGUGCCUGACAUCCUCAUCAAUGAGUUUGUGGACGUAGGGAAGUCUCCGGACAUUCCUUAUGUCUACGUGACACAUGAUGGACUGGUGCGCAACUACAAGCCCAUCCAGGUCGUCACGGCCUGCACUCUUAACAUCUACAACUUCCCCUUUGACGUCCAGAACUGCAGCCUCACCUUCCAGAGCUGGCUCCAUACCAUUGAUGAUAUCAACAUCACGCUGAUGCGAAGUCCCGAGGAGCUCAGGGAAGACAAGAGCCUCUUCAUGAACCAAGGGGAAUGGGAGCUGCUCCAUGUACUAUCCAAGUACAAGAGCUUCAGCUUGGACGAUGACGACUAUUAUGCUGAGAUGAAGUUUCAUGUGGUGAUACGGCGGCGGCCAUUGUUCUACACAGUGAACCUCCUGCUGCCCAGCAUAUUCCUGAUGGUGAUGGACAUUGUGGGUUUCUAUCUGCCACCAGACAGCGGAGAGAGGGUUUCCUUCAAGGUCACUUUGCUGCUGGGCUACUCCGUCUUCCUCAUCAUUGUAUCUGACACUCUGCCUGCCACCGCCAUUGGAACACCGUUGAUAGGUGUGUACUUUGUGGUUUGCAUGGCGCUGCUGGUGAUCAGCCUGACAGAAACAGUGCUGAUUGUGCGUCUGGUCCACAAGCAAGACAUGCAGCCUCCCGUGCCCCACUGGGUGAAGCACCUGGUGCUGGAGAGAGCUCCCGUCCUCUUCUGCAUCCACAAAAAACACCGUUUGUGCUCAAGACUCUCCUCCCAGGCUUCUGAUAUGGAGCACUACAAAGACAACUAUGGGACCGCCCAGUGUACUCUCCACCACACCUGUGAGAUCGGCCAAAGGGUCAGCCACCACAGCGACAGGGAAGGAGGGCUGCUGGGAUUGGGCCUGCCCCCGUCCAGGGACCCCACCCCACCUGUAGUGGACAAUAUCCUGCAGGAAGUGACCUCAAUACGCCACUUCCUGGAGAAAAAGGACAGGUGCCGCGACGUGGCCAAGGAGUGGCUGCAGGUUGGCUACGUGCUGGACGUGCUGCUGUUCAGGGUCUACCUGGUGGCCAUGGUCGCCUACAGCAUCACCCUGGGCACUCUGUGGUCGGUUUGGCAAAUUGCCUGA